AUGCCUUCACCCCUAGCCGACCCCGUCAAGCUGCCAUGCGGUCUAGUCCUGCCUAAUAGGCUGUCCAAGGCCGCAAUGGCUGAGAUGCUGGCCAAAAACAACAAACCCAAUGACACACUCUCGGACGCCUACGAGAGAUGGUCACAAGGCGGCUGGGGUUGUAUCUUGACAGGCAAUGUUCAAGUCGAUGUCAACCACAUGGGUUCGCCCUUUGACCCAGCGCUGCACUCUGAAUAUACCGGCAAGGAUGCCGCUCUUCUAGAGCAGUGGAAGAAGUAUGCGGAUGCCUCCCAGAAGCACGGUACUCCGACGAUUGUCCAGAUCUGCCACCCAGGACGACAAUCCUUCCGGGGUGCUGGUAAGCGCGGCAUGUUUGCGCCGACGAUUGCGCCCAGUGCCGUGCCAAUCAACAUUGGUACGGGACUCGUGGAACGUGCCAUUGCGGCUGUAGCAUGGACUCAGCCACGCGAGAUGACGCGCGGUGAGAUUGACACCGUGAUCCGUCAGUUUGUGGAUACGGCUCGAUUGAUGGCCGAUGCGGGCUUCUCUGGUGUCGAGUUGCACGCGGCCCAUGGUUAUCUUCUCGAUCAAUUUCUGAGCAGCAAGACCAACCGUCGCACCGACGAAUAUGGCGGCACGCCGGAGAAGCGCGCGCGUUUCGUCCUUGACAUCCUCACCGAAACCCGCAAAGUAGUCCCCGCCAACUUCGCCAUCGGUAUCAAGCUCAACUCCGCAGACCACAGCUCCGACACCUUUGAAGAAACAAUGACCCAGAUCGCGCUUCUCGCCUCCGCGGGCCUUGACUUCCUCGAAAUCAGCGGCGGCAGCUACGAAGACCCCCGCAUGAUGGGCCAUUCCACCUCUGCAAAAGCCCAGGUCAGCGACGCAAAGUCUGCUCGCACUGCGGCUCGCGAGGCCUUCUUUUUGGAGUUCGCGCAUACCGUGCGUGAGCGCCACCCGGAUCUUGUGCUGAUGCUGACCGGUGGAUUCCGCUCACGCGCCGGCGCCGAGGCUGCCAUCAAUGACGGGGCGUGUGAUCUGGUGGGUAUCGGUCGACCGGCGGCCGUGGAUCCCAAGUUCCCUCUCCUUUUGCUGGACGAGCAGGUUGCAGAUGAGGAUGCGAAGCUUGUACUGGAAAAAGCGCCAGUGCCUUGGUAUGCGAAAUGGCUGCCAAGGAGUUUGAUCGGUGCUGGUGCAGAGAGUACAUAUUAUGCGGGCCAGAUUGGACGAUUGGCCAAGGGUCUGGCGACUUAUGCGCCUGCACUUUGA